AUGAGAAAUUUCACAAAGCGUCUCCAAGAUGAGGGAGAUGUAUCUAAAAGUUCAUCAACAACAACGUUAAUAGAAGCAAGGAGACGAAUUGAGCUACAUACUUUGAGAUCACACAACUAUCAGUUUUCUAGACAUCAGGAAGAUAUUACAACACAUGUGAUCCAGCAGGAAAUGGCAUGCCAUGAUUCCUGCUCAACCAAAUAUCUCCACCAGGAAGAUCGUCUUACAACUGAAAGAAGUUUGAUGGAAAUAAAACCAGAAGAACACCUGAAGUAUGCUCAGCUGCAGGACUUUAGAAGGAAUAUAUCAGAUGAAGCAGUGCAGGCAAACAAGCUGAAAAGAGAGAAUUUGUCUCUCAGAUGCAAAGUUGAAAAACUAGGCGGAGAAAAGGAGGAAAUCUUGAAAGACAAUAAAUAUCUUAAAGAAGAACUUAACAGAAAGGAAGCAAUAAUUUCUCAUCUGUUGGCGGACAUAGAAGAGCUCCACUGUGAGAAAAAGGAGCUUACUGAUAUUAUUCGCUGCCUACGUUGGAAGAAACAGCAGUUGUGUGAAAAGUUUGAGGAAAAACUGAACAGAGAGAGAAUGCUAAGAAAGGACUGUUGUAGGUCAUUGAUGUAUAGAGACAAGUUACUAUCACUUGUGAGCAAAGAAUACAAAAAAUGCUUGGUGACUAUCUGGCAAACAAGUGCAAAUGUUGAAAAACCAGAAGAAAGUCUUGAAAAGAUGAAACAUCAAAUGCUGGAAAAUGAACUAAAAAAGGAAUGGCUUCAAGCUUCCAUAGACAAUCUCAAAACCAAACAUUCCAAAGAAUCUAGGCAAAAUGUACAGGAAUGGCUUCAGGAAUCUCUAAAAAACCUGAAAGAGGAUUCCAAUAAGGUAUCAAGUCACACCCUGCCAGAAUGGCUUAAAGCUUCAGUGAUAAAUCUUGAAAAGGAAUAUCCAGAAGCACUCAGGGAAGAUGUAAAGGAAUGGUUGGAUACAUCCAUAAGUUUUCUUCAAAAAAAGGGGCCAGAAACAUCCCCAAUUAAUGUGGAGGGAUGGCUCAAAGAAUCUAUUAAAAGUAUUCAAGAUCUUCAGAAAUCUGAGGCAGAAUCUCGAGGUAGUUUAAGAAAGGGAUGGCUACAAAAAUCAAUAGAAAACCUGGACAAGCAAGGUUCUGAAGUAUCUGUGGAAAAUACAUUACAGUGGCUUGAAAAAUCCUUAGAAAGCCUCUCAUCUUCUAAAGCACCUGAACCAGUUCUGGAAAAAUGGCUUCGAGACUCCUUGAAAAACCUAGAAGAGGAAAGUCCUGAAACAUCUAAUCAAGAUGCCAAAGAAUGGCUUGAAAUGUCUGUAAAUAACCUCGAGGAGGAAGGACCUGAAGCACCCCGUUUAAAUGCUCAGAAAUGGCUUAAAGAAUCUAUUAAAAGCAUUCAGGAUUUACAGAAGUCUAAGAUACCUCUUCAAAAUAGCCUACGAAAAGGAUGGUUCGAAAAAUCAAUACAGAACCUGAAGAAGCAAUAUUCUGAAGGACCAGCGGAGAGUAUAUUACAGUGGCUUGAAGGAUCCCUAGAAAGCUUCUCAGCUUCUGAAGAACAGGAAUCAGUUUUGAAUAAAUGGCUUGAAGAAUCCUUGAAAAAUCUGGAAGAGGAAACUCCUGAAGCAUUUAAACAAGAUGCGAAAACAUGGCUUGAGCUAUCUAUAAAGAACCUGGAAGAGGAAGGACCUGAAGAACUGGAUUUAGGAACUCAGGAAUGGCUUGAAACAUCUAUUAAAAGCAUUCAGGAUCUAAAGAAGUCGAAGGUAAAAUUUGAAGACAGCAUAAAACAUGGAUGGCUUGGAAAAACAACAGAGGACCUCCAGAAACAAUGUUGUGAAAGACCUUUGGAAAAUAUAUUACAGUGGCUUCAAAGUUCUCAAGAAAGCUUGUCAUCUUCUAAAGCACCCCAGCUAGAUCUGGAAAAUUGGCUUCAAGAAUCCUUAAAAAACCUGGAACAGGAAAGUCCUGAGGAAGCUAAACAUAUCAAAAAAUGGCUUGAAAUAUCUAUAAAUAACCUUGAACCAGAAGGACCUGAAGUACCACAUUUAGACCCCCAGGAAUGGCUUGAAGCAUCGAUUAAAGGUAUUCAGGAAUUCAAAAAGCAAUCCUCUAAAGCAUCAAAAUUCAGCCUGGGAUACAGCAGGGAGAGAGUAAUUCGGGUAGAGUCUGCUUUACCUGAAAGAGGUUUGAGGAAUGGAUGGCUGCAAGCAUGUUUAGCAAGUUCCAGAGAGCAUGGUACUACUGCAUCCAGAACAGCGGUUCAAGCAUGGCUGCAAACAUCUUUGAAAAUACUUAAGCAAGAGUUUUCAGAAGGAGACAGAAACAACCUGGAGGAAUGGCUCCAAGAAUCCAUUCAAAAUAUUCAGAUGGAAUGUCCUGAAGAAUCCAUGCCCUAUGUGAAAGAAUGGCUUGAUACAGCCCUAAAUCACUUUCAAGAGGGAGGGCCUGAAACAUCCCAUCUAAAUGUGGAAGAGUGGCUUAAAACAUCUAUUCAAGGUCUGCAGGAGGAAAUAUUAAAAGAGAUGUCAGGAGGGAAAGAUCCUAAAAUAUGGAGGACAAAAAUUUCCAAAGGAAUUCCUUCUCAAGAAAAACAGAUUUUAAGGAAUAAACUAGGCAAGCUGUGCUUGUGUUGGAGAAAAAAGCAGGGACAAAUAUUGAAGACUUGUGGAUUCAUCCUCCUGGCAGUGUUCUUUUUUUUUUCUAUUUAUGUGCAUGUUAGACUGUACUGCAUAGUGAGUAAGGAGGGCCUCAGACCUUAUUAACUUUGCAGUACCAGGUUGAAAAAGCUUUAGUUGGCAGUAUAGCGACGUUGUAAAGAAUAUAUGAUGUAUAAUAGUCAAAAUCUUUGUUCUUGUUUUCAUUUUUAAUAUGAGAGUGAGUUGUGCCAGUUCAAAUUUGUUUUCCUUGUCUUCUCACUGCUACUUAGUGUUCAUGAUUCUUCUUGUUGCUGUUGUUGAUGAUGAUGAUGGAUGCUAAAGUUAUGCCCAUCUUUUCUAGAUAGUGGCUUUUACAGUCCUUUUGAUUGUAUGUUUCUGUAGAUGACUUUUUUCUUCUUGGGCCAUUGAGUCUCUUGGUUUACAGGUAGACUCUAACAUAUAAUAACAGGGGUACCAGAAAUCUCAAUUUCUAUUUGUUGAAUAAAACUGUCAUUGAGACAGCAACCUAAAUCCUGAGGGGUGUAAAGCAGACUAUGCAGUCUGUUUUAUGCCCCUCAAGAUUGAGUUUGUUGAACAAAUUGUCUUGGAGUGGGGGAGGGGAGGCCUUGGGACAGGUAGCCCUGGACUUGUGCUAGGCCUCCCAGGACCUCCCCCACAGCACUCUAUGCUCUUCUUAACAAACUGUAUGUCCAUUUAACAACUACAUCAGGGAGAGCAGGGAUUGGGAUCAUUAAACAAGGCAAUUGAUCCCCUCACUUAAUGAUUGUCACAACAUGUAAUGCAAACUCCAUUAUGGUCAUAGGUCGAGGACUUCUAUGUGUGUGUAUGCAUGCAACAUCUGCCAUGGCAGAAAGUGCCUUGCUGGCCAUAAGAUAACCUUUCUGAGGCUGUCAUUAUAAUGGACUCAUUAAAUGAAUAGUUGUAAGUCGAGGACUUGCAUGCUCAUAACCAGCGAACUAAUGUGCUGAAGGUGACCAGGCUAAGGACACUAGCCAGAUGAAUAGGCAGGCAGAGGCAGAAUUUUUCCCCCCUAUUUUUUCCCCCCAAAACUAAGGUGUGUCUUAUACUCGGAAAAAUACAGUACUUUUCAGAACUCCUGCUGGUUGGGCAAAAAUGAUAAACUGCUCUCCUAGUGGAAUAUGAUAUUGAAACAUGUGCUUUAUAACCAAUGAACACUUGCCAUCAACAAUGGUGAUUAUCUACAUGCAGGCUUAGAUUUGUAAGAAAAGGGGGGGAGGGAGAAAAUAAGGAAGGAAUUGUAGCUACACAAAAAGGUUACAAGACAAGGGAUUUUCAACUUAGAAAAGAGCCAAAAAAAGGAUAAAUGUUAUGCCUUAAGAAAAUAAAUACAUAAGCAAAAGCUGAGCUUUUCAUGAAAAAUAAACUAUGAAUCUCAUUUCCACAAACAACAAAAUAAUUCUGUUGGGGUUGAUGAUAAAGGUUAACUAUGUUUUGAAAAAAAGGCAAUAAUUAGUUCUAUCUGUAUGAUUGCUGUACGAUUUGGGAAAUGUGCGGCAAAAUAUAUUCAGUUGGAAAUUCAAUGGUCUAGACUUUGGAUGUUACAUGUUCAGCAAACAAGAAGUCCAUGACCUCUCAUACUUUAUGUAUUUGUACACAUAAAGAACUGCCUUUACCUUACCUACUAUAUAAAUCUCCUUAAACAAACUAAAAAGAAAAUAUGUAUUAUAACAUGAGUUAGAAUAUGUUUCUAGUUGUGUUGGUGUGAUACUGACUACAAUUCAAAGAAUAGUCAUAAAAUGAGACAAGAAAACUUUCUGUUUUUAAUUUAAUAUACUUUACUUGAAAAUUUUGCAUUUAUUUUUACAUUUCAAUGUUAAAAAGUUUAUAAAAGUAAAGCCGAGAUCGGUGCCUAAAAUAUAUGAAGACCUAUUUUCUUUCAAAAUGCUUUUCAGCUAAUUAAAAUAAAAAAAAUAAUAUUCCUGACUUUGAAAUGUUUUGAUAGUAGAUUUUCAUACUGAUACUUAUCUUCAACUAUAUUAUGUACAUUGUUUUU